GUCAAAACUCUCGCGAUAGGUGAGGCUAGGCUCUCCGGAAGUGAUUUUCCGGAAGAAGCAUGGCUGCUCCCUAGAUUUGGCCCGGCAUUGCACGCUGAACCGCGGACGCCAUGCAAUCGGAUGAUGUUAUCUGGGAUACACUAGGAAACAAGCAGUUUUGUUCCUUUAAAAUAAGAACGAAGACUCAGAGUUUUUGCAGAAAUGAAUAUAGCCUGACUGGACUAUGUAAUCGGUCCUCUUGUCCUCUGGCAAACAGUCAGUAUGCCACCAUCAAAGAAGAGAAAGGACAGUGCUACUUGUAUAUGAAGGUUAUAGAGCGAGCAGCUUUUCCUAGGCGUCUCUGGGAACGGGUGCGGCUUCAUAAAAACUAUGAGAAAGCACUGGAGCAAAUAGAUGAAAAUCUAAUUUACUGGCCCCGUUUUAUUCGACACAAGUGUAAGCAGAGAUUCACCAAGAUCACCCAGUACCUAAUUCGAAUUAGAAAACUUACACUAAAGCGACAGAGGAAACUUGUUCCCUUGAGUAAGAAAGUGGAACGGAGGGAAAAAAGAAGAGAGGAAAAGGCAUUAAUAGCAGCUCAGCUGGAUAAUGCUAUUGAAAAGGAAUUGCUGGAGAGACUGAAACAAGAUACGUAUGGCGACAUCUACAACUUCCCCAUUCACGCCUUCGACAGGGCCCUGGAACAGCAGGAGACAGACAGUGACUCUUCAGAUUCUGAGGAAAAAGAUGAUGAAGAUGAAGAAGAUGUGGGCAAGAGAGAGUUUGUGGAAGAUGAUGAGGUGGACGAGAGUGACAUAAGUGAUUUUGAGGAUAUGGAUAAACUGGAUGCCAGCAGUGAUGAAGAUCAGGAUGAUAAAUCCUCUGUGGAGGAAGAAAAGGCCCUUGAUGCCAGACAUAAAGGCAAAACACCCUUGAAAGGACCGUUGCGGAGAAAGAGAGCCUAUGUGGAGAUAGAGUAUGAGGAGGAGACAGAGCCUGCAACCAAGGCCAAAACGACGUGACUUCACCCCAGGCAUUUAUGAACAGGACUGAAUAUUUUCAACAUCCUCCUUUCUUUUACCAUAAACAUGUACACACCUCCUGUUUUUGCUCUUUCAUAUGGCAUUGAACACAAUAUUUGUGUUUUUAAUAUUUAUGCUACUUCUAUGGGGCAAGAAAUCUGGGAGGAAGUGAAGGAAGUCUUAAGUUGUGAACAGAGUAUUUUUAUAGCAUUGGCAUAUGCUUUGAAGUAACAGCUUGAGCCCAAGAAGCUUAACAGAUGAAUUUGUGGGUGUAAAUAUUUCUAAAUUUUAAAUGCUA